AUGAAGGACAUCAUCAAUGCACAACAACUGGACAUCAGUCAUAUCUUGGAUGAGCUGACAACCAUUCUCAAGUACAAAGACUUAGAGGCUGCGCAAGCAGAAGGGAUAACUUUUAGUUUUCUCCCUCACUCUACUGCUGUCCCAAAUGGCACGCUUUUGUGCAAUGGCAAGUCCACUAGGGACAGGAACAGAAAAGUCACACCAAUGAUCAUCAGCGAGAAGUUUGCUGAAGCUGACCAUCCGCUCAAAACCUCGAACAACAGGUGGUUAGACAUGCUCAAUACUCUUUAUGUUGAGCAGCUGCAAUCUCGCCAGGAAGCUUCAUGCUUGCCUCAGCCUACUCACUGGGAGCUUCGUCAGGGUCUUCCACCCUCGUCUCCUCCACUAACACCGUCAACAAUUGUCUCAUCUUCAAGUCCUGGGUCUACCAUCCUAGUUUCCUCAUAUGCCCAUGAUUCUGUACAUCCCCCUACUUCUCGGUAUGAGCAUUCUCAGUAUGAGUGUCCUCAUUAUGAAGGUCAACGUCAAUGUGGUGGCCUAUGUGACGACAAUCAUACUUUGCCCUAUGAUUCAGAUACUCGCAUGUGGACGCAGGACAACUAUGAAACUGCAUGCAAGGCUAGUGACUUGGAGAACAAGACAGUAGUGGAAAGGUACCAUGCCAGGUUGCAAGAUAUCACCGUAUCCCGUCUGGUCGUCCUCAAUCACACCCACCUCCACCAAUUGCCAGCACCUCCUGUUCUCAGUUGCCAGCGCAUUCCUCACAUGCACCUGUCUCUUGCCGUUCUGGUUCCUCUCUGUGCCGUCAUCAUCCACAUGCCUGAUCUCCUCAUUUCUGCCCCGCAUCUCCUGAUUGCUGUCCAAUCAUCGACGUAG